CAGGUUUUACUAGCUCCCACACGUCUAUAUGUUACACCUGUACUUCCACUACUGAAAGAAGGCCUUGUAAAGGGGUGUGCUCAUAUCACCGGAGGGGGAAUAGCAGAAAAUCUCCCUCGAGUGCUCAGCAGUGGCAGUAAUUUGGCUAUGGAAGUUGAUGUGGCUUCGUGGAAAAAGCCUGAUAUUUUCAAUUGGCUGGCUGGGAUGGGACCCGUCGAACCAGACAUGAUGUUUCGUACUUUCAAUUGUGGUAUCGGAAUGGUAUUGGUGGUACCCUCUCUGAAGGCUGAUGCUGUGUUGCAACGAUUGACAGAAAAGGGCGACGGUGCUGUGCGUAUAGGAUCUGUCGUUGAAAGACGAGGAAGUGAGCAGACCUUUUCAAUUGCACAAUUGUUGCAUCAGACAUAG